AUGGUCGGUCCACCCGUCAGCGCCGGCGAUCGCCUUCGUAACCAGCACGUCCCGCUAGUCUCGCCUUCGGACGAGGACAUAGUCCAGCAGGUGCCACCAACGCGACCGAGGAUGCCUCCAGGUGGCCUUCUCUCGCUCCGGCAGACAGAAGAACGUGUUCGUCAGGAUGAGACGGUGUUCGGCGCAGGUGCGGAGCAGCAGCAGUCUAUUGUCGUUUGAGCCGCGGAGACCGUGGGUACCCAGCACUCCUCUCCAGGCAGUAUGGUCUGUGCCGACGCGGCGUUGAAGCCGCCGAUGACAAUCAACUUGUCCGCCUUCGUAGAAUUUUUCUGUUGCGGCGGCGUCGGGGCAUCUCAUCGGCGGAGCGGAGGCGCUGAUGAUGGUGGCGAAUUGGCCCCCACCCCGAAGAGGCAGACGGAGGCUCAUCAGGCGACCGUUGAUGCCCUGCGGCAGGCUGGGCAGUCGUCCCACGAUGUCGUUCCGAUGGCAAAGGCAACACCCGCGUCUCGUCGCUCUGCCUUGGGCCGACCACUCCAGAAGAAGGUGUAA